CCCAGCGGUCAUGUUAGUGAAUACUCUCCUCUCAUGCAAGUUGCACCGGUUCCAAAGAAACUAUUCCGUUCAAGGAUAUUUGUUAUUCGAAUAAACUAUUUCUCAGGAAGCGCACCUCACAGCUCCCAGGGGUGAGGGGUAAAAGGAGUGAGUCCUCCCGGCUGGUGUACUGUCAACACGCCGCUGUGGCUUUAGGGAGGAAAACAAUAACUCUAAAAUGUUCAACCCGCACAUUCACCAGCAGCAACAGCAACAGCAGCAGCAGCAGCAGUUUCACCAGCACCUGCGGCAGCUGCAGCAACUGUUCCAGCAGCAGCCUCCGCCACCUGCUCCACCACAGCCUUCUCCAGGGCACCAUGUCGGCCCUCACCACCAUCAGACGCCACGACCAAUGCCUGUGCCUCCACAAGCGGCUGCUCCACCUCGGAUGGUCAGAAUGUGCCAGGCAACACAGACUACAAUCAUUACUCCCAAUCCCAUGUUGCAGGGGGCAAUAAUGAUGCAACAGAUGCAGGGGAGCAUGAGGAACUUUGGGAUGGGUGGACAGCAGUUCCGUCAGUUCUUUGGUGCAGGAGGCAGGUCAUCGCUGCUUGGCCCCGUGCCCAUAGGCAUGACUAUGAAGGGCCCUAUGAGGGGUUUCCCUAUUGCUAGAACCUUCAGCCCUCAUACUCGCUUCUUUAACAACAUGCCAGCAACCACUACUCCUCAAACAGCUACUACCGCAACCACCGCAGCCACCCUGGAGGCUGAUGGGAAGAGAGACAGUGAGCAGAUGACAACAUUGAAUACUGAAGACCAACUCGCAGCAAGCUGCUCUACUGAAGCUCAAACAGACGGUGCUGCAGUUUCCCCUGUUGACAAUUUAGAAGAACCCGUCGUGAAGAAACCGAAGACAGACAGGUCAGAGGACUCCAAAAAGUCUAGUGUCGAAGAGACCACUGGGAUCUCAGACACAGAUGCUAAAAAUUCAUCUGAGUCCAGCAGCAACAUGGACGGGAGGCUGGUGGGAGGUGAACUCCUGGUAGACAAGAGUCAGCCAGUGGAAUCUGAUGCUGCUGAGGUGCCAGAAAUCACAGCUCAGGAAGCCAGCACCUCAUCAUCCAAGUUGAUGUCUCAGGGUCCGGAUGCUCACUCACAGCAGAAUUCUGGCGUAAAGACGUCAGAUCAACUUCAGAGUGUACAGGAAGACCAAGAAGGAGAUCAGGACUCAACCAACAAGUUCUACUGCUACCUCUGCAGCGUUACUUGCAACAAUCAGCAGAACUUCAAGAGUCACAUGAACAGCGUUGCCCACCAGCAAAGGAUGAUGGAGAUUCAACACGUGAGCAAUGCCUGCCUUGUCACACUCCUGCCAAGAGUUCAAGAGUCUCUUUUGGGAACCAACAAAGAUGGAGAGAAAAGAGGUAGCUCACAGCGCUGGUGCUCUUCCUGUAACUCGCACUUCAGCGGCAACAUCAAGGACCAUCGUCGCUCUGAAGAGCACAGACUCACCAACAGAUCAUCCCUCUCCUCCUGCACUGUAUGUAAGCGACGCUUCAGGACCUCCCAGAUGUUCGUGGAGCAUCUGCAGUCGGCAGAGCAUCGACUCAAAGUGGAAAAGCUUCAGGAGACCUUGUCCAGUCUAACCUCCUCAGACGCUGACGGUUUUUUGCUAGAAGAAGGAGAAGAAAGUGAGCUCGAGGACGAAAGGAUGAUGAACGAAGAAGACUCUCUGGGAAAUCUGGGUGAGUGGACGUCCAGAGAGGUGACUCUCCAGAACAUGAGAGGUGAUGAGCAGUAUGACCCUGAUACCGUGUAUGGGUCCAGUUUCUUUGUUCCGGUGGCAGGAUUCAUCUGCAGACUCUGCAACAAGUUCUACCACUUUGACUCCUCUUCUCUACACACGCACUGCAAGUCGCUGACGCACUUUGAGAACCUCAAGCGACACAAGUCCUCACUCAGUCGACUAGAGGCUGAAUCAUCUCCAGGGGAAAGAGCCUUCUCAGCUGAGACGGAACCCACCACAGACUCAUCUCCUCUUCUCUUGAACUUCAGCUCCACGCUGACCUCCAUUCCGUUCAUCGGUCCCGACACAGGAGACGAGGACGCAACCAUCAGCGAACAGAACUCACAGACGCUGACCACUUCAGCCAUGGACCAAGAACUCACUGAGGAGGGAGAGCCGACAGCUCAGGAGAGUUCUGAGAAGCCACCUGGUGAUGGUGAACAGAAUGAAGAUGAGGUGGAGGACGCAGAAGCCGUAACUGUUCCUGCCAAGAAAAAGGGUGCAGGUAAAGCAAAAGCACCACCCACUCGUAGGUCAGGGAGGGCGGCCAACAGACACUGAGCGACACCAACCCUCAUGAGUCAGGACGUGACUGUGAGAAGAGUGGAAGCUGACCUGAUGUGACUCUUUAGAAGCGGCACCUUGGAAGUGGUCUGUAGCUGAGUGAAAUCUCCUCACUUAAGUAGAUCAUUUCACACUCUGAAUUCAUGUUGGCACACCAAAGUCACAUGACACAUGAUCAGGAUGUUACCAUGACCCGCCAUUACUCCACAUAAGCAGCACGCCGCCACUUGUCCUUCAUUCGUAGCCUAAACACAAGACUACUUUAACAUUACAACACAACUGACAAGAGUUCAGACAUUGUCAAUGUAGCUGCAAGAGCAUUUUGUUUUGGUAAAGUCCCCAUCUCGCCCUCGCAUCUGCUAAAAAUAAACUUUUACACUUGUUCAAUGUGUUCUCUGAAGGAUAUCUGAUUCAUGUGACCACGUUGGUAUUACAUAUGCGUGUGGUCAUGUUUUUUCUCAUACCAGCCCGUAAAAGAUGAAACAAAAUUUAAGUCCGACUCAGAUCUUGGUUGAGAGUUUCUUGUAUUCUAAGUACAUUUCAUGUAAUGAACCAAAGUCCCUCAGAUUCUUUUAUCAGUUUGGGUGAUUGCUUUCUCUGGUGAGACUCACGGACGGAAGCAGUUCCAGCAGAAAGUGGGACAGGAACACACACAAAAAAAUUGUGUUGAACAAGUUGUAUUGGCUUUUUAAUGCUUUGCUUUGAGUUUGAAAACCAGUGAACAGUCAAACACAGGUUGAAGAAGUGAAGACUACAACACAAAAUGCAGACACUGAUGUUGUGUUUAUCUAAUUUAAAUUAUUGUUGUGCUGCAUCCCAUGUUGUUGGAUUGGUUGGAUGAGAAAUAUACUAGACAUGAUGAUGUUACUGAACAUCAUGGCCAUCACAUAAUAAGGACUACAUUGUAGGCUACUGUACUUUAGGAAACUGUCUUGCUUCCCCUUAUCUCAGACUAAGCUUGACGUUCCUGUGCUCUGUAGCCUGCUCCCUUGUUCCACAAGACAAAUGGGAUCUAACAUUCUACUCACACAAUAAUCGGUGGGCUGCACUUUUCCGUAGCCGAAAUCAAAUGACUUUGGCGUGUUCAAUACUUUUUCAAUUGGUUUUGUUUUGUUUCUUGUUCCAUCUCAAAGUGUCACUUUCCUUUGGACAUGUGUCCUCAUUGGACUGAUACCCUCUUAAAUUAUUUAUUUUAAGUUUUGUGUGUUCAUUUUGAUGCUGUGUUUCUUCACACUGGAUAGAGAAGGAUUUUAAGUGUGUUUACGUGUUUAUCAAGGAGAUUAUUUCUCAUUCUAAGAUCUGAAGUGUCUCCUGAUUCGCUUCCUUAUUUGUGACCUUAAACAUUUCAUCCUGUGGUAGAUACAGGGGAAUACUGGACUGAAGGUCUGUCUGACUGAUGUGUAGCAACACUUGUACUCAUGGCAACAGUCAUGUGCGACAGGUCUGGGACCACCAGAUGUAGAUGAAGAUUAAAACAGAACUCUCCUGUUGUAUUUUUAUUCCAACACUGGUGAGACUGGUGAAGUUUUUUAAAUGCUGGAAGUUAAUUGUAUAUUUCAUGUUUUCUGUUCAAGGCAGGCUGUUUAAUUUAUAUUAAAAUGAA